AUCACAUUCUCUCUCGUCAUCAACUCAUAACUCUUCAAUUUUAUUCAUAUAUUCAUCGAUCCUGCAUCUUCAUCGCAUCAGAUAAAGCAUUGGAUAUCUAAUUCUCAUAUAAGCUUUGAGUAUCCGAACACUUGAUUUUACAUUUGCAAUUGAUAAGAUCGAACGCCACUAUGUCGGACGAAUCUGAGUCUGAUAUUGAGGAUCGCGUCGCGUCUGAGGAGGAUGACAACCUCGAUGAAAUCGACUCCGAGGAAUCUGAUUCGGAAGAAGCCAAUGAGUUCCUAGAUAUAGAAGCCUCCGAGUCUGAUAACCAAUCCGAAGAAGAUGAUGAUUUAUCCUCGGAUGUUGGUGAACCGGCUACCUUUCAUCAAUUCAUGCAAUUACCUCCUGAACUUCGCGCUCGCGUCUGGGAUUUCUUCGACCCGGAUGCGAGGGAAAGGGCGCGAGUUUUCAAAGUCAUAAUACCGAAUCACUCCUUAACGGCGUCUACGAUAUGGGAAGGCGAAUUUCUCGAAGACCAAACGGCACCUGCCAGGGCAAUGUUAGCCACGCAUCGUGAGAGCCGUGAGCUAGCUUUAAGAUUCUACCCCGAUAUGUUUUAUAUUCGGAACGGACGUUGUGGCACUCCAUAUAACAAGGAGAGAGACGUCGUUCUUAUCCACGGCGAGACUCAACAGGCAAGUAGGCAUGACAUACGAGAUAUCCUAUCAGCCCUUGGAUAUCCCAAAAUCGUUGCUUUUGGGGCUGGCUUUGAUUUAGAGAAUGAUCCAGACUUUAUGGUACUUCAUGAAUAUGAGGGUAGACCGAGAAAUAUACUUCGUUGUGUCGACGAAUAUGAAUUUUCAGGACAGGCGAUGGAGUGGUGCGUAUACGAUACCGCCAACAGAUAUUUCGUCAAAUGGACAGAGGAACAUUCGGGCAUCCCUCAUGAUGUGCAAAUUAUGUACUGCUGGCCAAAUUUCGAAAUGUUUCAAGACCUUCUGGGAAAAGAUAUUCCGGGAACUAACGUCGAGCCAUGGGGUGUUGAUUGGUUGCCUAUGAUUGAGUUCCAUGAUCUCGAGCGCUAUGCUAAACUCCAGGUCGCAGCGGCGACCGAGGGCGAAUGGCGUGAUAAAUGGAGUGAAACAUCAUCUAUCACCGAGGAACACGAAACAGAGGAUGAAUACGAAAGUGAUGGAAUAGAUGAUGCAACUAUCGACGAUGAUGAGGACCCCAGCGAGGACGGAGACGACUUGGUUGUGGUGCAGUCUGAUUCCGAAGAGGACAUUGCGUCUACGUUCAAUGGAUUUUCUCCACUUGAAAACGCGAGCUCCGAACACGGCGGCGAUGCAAUAGGAGCUAGUAAUUUUUCUAGCCUCGAGCCUGAAUCUCCUGGCCCUGACGCCUCUGCUGAUCCUCAUAUGCAUGAAUCGGAUCAUGGUUCGGAACAUGCACUUUCCGACGAAGAACCUAUUCAGAAGACUAAUCGACGCAAACGUCGUAUCAUAUCCUCAGAUGAUGAACGUGACGACGAUGACGAACCCAGUGGAGAGGUUAAAGCGCCGUCGCGACCUAAUAAGCGCUCCCGGGUUAUUCUCUCUGAUAGUGAAGAUGAGGAUGACGAAGAGGGAGAUGAAGGUGCAGAGGACAACCAGGAGUCUGAAGAGGAAGAACCCGAUGAGUCCGAGUCCGAGUCCGAGUCCGAGCAGCCUGAGCCCGUAAAAACGAAGCCUAUGUCUUUAUUUGAGAAGCUAAGGCAAUUUCGCGACGAGAACCCGGUGUCACCGGAUUCGGGUGCUGGUUCUGACGCUGGUUCUGAUUCGAUAGGCAACGAAGAUUUCGACGAAGGCAGUGAGUCUAGGUUUCUGGACGAUGAAGUUAAUGAAGAUGAGAUGUUGGAUAAUGGUGAGGGGGAUUCUUAUGAAGAGGGCGAUGAUGAAUGGUGAUGCGGGGGAGGCAUCAUGCUCUGUUCACGACUCGGUGACAGCGGUAAAGAGAUCGACAGUUCAUUAAGCGGCACUGCGAUGAUAUUCUCAAAACACGCUAUUUGAGGUCUAUUAUGCGAAACUACGGGAUGAAGGAGUCGAGGCCUAGGUAUCACCGGGGUUUAACCUGACUCAGCAGUUCUCAUUUCUAGUAUCCUUUAUAAUGCGAAAAUACUCUUGUUGUAUUUAGUUGGAGAAUACUCAAUAAUGAUAAUUAUUGUGGGCUGCAGGGCAUGAACCACAAAGAAUGCAUUAGGAGAACCACACUUCGAAGGUUCAUACUGACAGCUUAUCACUACCCGCUCCUCGGCAUAAGGACUGGCAACUGACCUGAUCCCUAGAUGCAGUCGAUUUACAACCUCCUUAAGUUAUACGAGAUUGUCUUCGACUGAAAUGGAAGCUUCCUUGAAUCCGCUCAAGAUAGCGUGUGGUGUGUUAUAAAUUCAGAUGAAAUG